AUGGCCUCUCAAACUGUGAUUACGGUCCAAUCCCAGUUUGCAGCUGCCCAGCAGCCGGGAGAGUGGCAAACAGAGCUGCUGGACUGCUGCGCCGACUGUGGUGUCUGUCUCUGUGGGACGUUCUGCUUCCCCUGCCUGGCAUGCCAAGUGGCUGGAGACAUGAACGAGUGCUGCCUGUGUGGCUCCAGCGUGGCCAUGAGGACCCUGUACCGCACCAGAUACAACAUCCCGGGCUCCAUCCUACAAGACUUUUGCUCCAUCUGGUGGUGCGGCCCGUGUGCACUCUGCCAGCUGAAGAGAGACAUCAACCGGAGGAGGGCAAUGGGCAUAUUUUGGUAAGCUGGGGGUGCUGGCGCUGCUUUGUCUCACUGCUGCACAGCACCCAGUGGCUUCCCGGGGUCUCCCUUUCCUCCGACACCUGACUCCAGAUGCAGAAUUGCAGCAGUGCUGGAGCAGUAAUGGCUGAGCAAAGGGU